GGCGGGCUAUAACAAGAAGUGCGAACCUCCACCUACUUGCGCCCUGUGGCAUAGAGGCACGUCAGGCACGUUCUAGAGUGCCCUGUCUAUCUACUGGGAAGGCGUCGGUCGUCGGCGACGAGGGAUAAAAUAAACACCGAUGACGAUCGGAUAGUUUCUCUCCCAUGAUGAACGCUUUUGAUAAGAAGCGGCCAAAUUAGAUUACCGCUGAUUUCGACGACGUCGGCGGAAAUUGGUGCUUGCGUUGAAGGGGUUUGAAAAUUGCUAGGAAAAGUUAUCAAGCGCUAGUGAUUCGAUUUAAAGUUUUUUUUUCGGGUGGGAUCUGUCCUCGACUAUAUAUAUAUUGAUUUUCACUUCAGGCAGUUGAGUCAGUUUCGAGCUAAGUUUUUCCCCGAGGCAAGCAACAGUCUUUGAAAAGUUCGAGCGAAAGAUGUUGAAGAUUGUGAUUCUAUCCGUGGCCGUGGCGGCGGUGGCUGGCAGCAGUGCGGUUAAAGUUGAAGAGCCAACUGCUAAAAAUACAGUGAAACGUGGCCUGGAUUCGCUCAAUUUUGGCUUCGGAGGACACAAUGCAGUCGGUGCGGACUUUUGGCCCGGAGCUUCCAGACUCGGUGGCGCUGCGCCGUGGAUUCAAAACAGUGGCUGGAAGCACGGUCCAUCUCCGGCGGAGAUAGCUGCCACAAUCGCAGCCGCCAAGCAGGCUUCAGCACAGGUCUUAAUCGCCCAGCAGCAGGUUCAAGCAGCCAAAGAUAACGUCCUGAACCAACAGAAAGUCGCAAACGAGAAGGAGGCAUCUGCUGCCUAUGCAUCGCAAAAAAGUGAAGCCACCGCAGCUGUCCAAAGGUCGGAGGCUGCGGCAGCAGCUCAAGCCGUCGUUCUAGCGCAACAUCGGUUGGCGGCCGCAAAAGCCAACGUAGCUCAUCAUCAACGUAUUGCGGCGGCCAAGGAAUCGUUGGCUGCUCAGGCGAUUCAGAGUUCGGCAAAGGCAGCUGCCGCUGAGAUCCAUCGGGCUGAAAUCGAAGCCGCCAAGUUAGCCGCUCACCAUCGUUCGGAUGCGGCUUCGCUGAAUCACCACGUCAUAGCCAUCAAGGAUGAAUCGUUCGCUCCGCUGACCUUCGGUGGUAAUCAGAUUCCCACGACGCAGCUGUACCGUGCCUUGGCCAGCCCCUGGAAUGAUCUCGGCUCGGUGUCGGCACAGAACCCUUGGGCUAAUGGAUUCUCUGUUGGAGGUCAAGGAAAACCCAUUUGGGGCUAGGUUAGGUAGAUGCCGGAAAAUGCCGAAGUGGAAAAAAAUAAACGCUUUUUAUUGCUCACUCUU